UCAAUUCGAGGGAGGAGGGACACACCAACCAUGUAUUUAACUGGGCCGCCAUAGCUAAUCAGUAAUUACCACGUUUAUCACCAUACCUGAGAAUCAAAUGGUUCUUUAAGCUGUUCUUUGAACAAAUGUUUGUCACUUAUGGAACUGUAACGGAGAAAGUUGCGACAGGAAAAGAAAAACCCAAAUUGACCACGUCUCCUCAACCAAGCUAAUUAAGGUAGUAAACAAAACAGGUCUGGUGAUCAGUACAUACAUUAGGAGCCUCUGGUCAUGGUUGGUCGGCUGACGGCGAGCCGUGCCAUAAUAGAAGAGCUUACCAAUUGGAUUGGAUGGUCGCGUCAUUAGUCAUAAUCCCCACGAUAUUUAUAGCAACUAGCUAGCUAGGUUCCAGCACUAUAUAUGGAUCGCACUAAUAGAUAUAUAUGAGGGUGGUGAGUCGAGGAAUUACGAAUUAGUCCGGUUAUGAGUCAAGUGAUAGUAAUAACGGACUCCGACUUCAUACAAAUCAGGUCAACAACUCAUGGUCAAUCGAUUAUGAGUUGUAUAUAUGUAAUCGCUACGCUACGAGUAAGUGAUGAUGGACGAACUCUUACAGAUUAGGUGGUGAUGGUUUGUGCUCAAACUAUGCCAAAUCAACCAUGGGGUUACUUUGAAUUGUUGGUUACAUCAUGUAAGUCGGAAUUGAAUCGGCUUUUCGUUUGGUGAAUUUGAAGUUACCGUGGUCCGAUAUCUCAUGACAUGCGCCACAGGGUUGGAACAUGUUUCUCAUGUACCUAGUUUGUAUUCUUUUGCUAUAGAAUUCCCCAAUAACUCAACUAUGGAGACUAAAACGAAGUUUCUCACUCAAAUGGCAUCGUAGCGAAGGCUUCAAGAGUAGAAAAGCUCUAUUCAACCCAACAAGCUCUUGAGACUCCUCAUUGAAACAAAGCAUUAGUCCGCGAAAAAUUUCGAUAUUACUCAUUUUCUUUAUUACCCACAAUAACAUAAUAAGAUCCCAUAGCACUAUGUAUACUAGAAAUAACCACAAAAAAAGUAUCAAAACAAUUCUCACCUUGCUUAAUUUUUCAAUGAAGUUCCCAUCUUGACGAGGAAAGUUUGUGAAAAACUUACCAUAAACCUCCAUCAAAGGAGAUUCACCUACUUAGGCAAAAAUGUGUUACCUAAUCUUUCCCUAAAUCUAAAGAAAGGGAGGAUGGGUAAAUUAACAAUUGACCGGUGAAUUCGAGGAGGAUGUUCUUGGCCAAUAAAUGGUCUCCACGUGUCCAACAUUAACCAUAUUCAGACUCAAUCAAAUCAUCUCCCUUCCCCCGAUUUUCUUUUUCUGUCCUCCUGAUUGGGGAGAUAAUGGCCCUCGCUAAUUUUGCGCCAUAUAUAUGUUCGCUCACACCAUUGCCACAAGUCAGUAGUAUAGUUUUUUCUCUCCCGUGGGCGUCCAAAAACCCACAAAAAGAUAAAAAAGGACGACAAUCAUCCCUUUUCUUCUCCUUUUCCGCCGCUUGAGAAUUUACAGCUCUUUCAAGCCUUGCCAAUGGCGGGUAGCAGCAGAGGUAUGGUGGCUUACCUCUUGACGGGGUUCUCACUUGCCGUCGUCUCUGCGUUUUUCCUCGCCGACCCUGUUUUCAAAACCCCGGAAAGUUCCAGUCUUUUGAACUCUGUAGCUCUACAUAGCAGCACUGAUAGAGUCUGGCCGAGGUUGGAGUUCAGCUGGAGGUCGGUGCUGGCGACAGUGAUAGGAUUUCUGGGAUCGGCAUGUGGGACGGUUGGUGGAGUUGGAGGAGGGGGGAUUUUCGUUCCCAUGCUUACUCUAAUCGUUGGAUUCGAUACAAAAUCCGCUGCUGCUAUUUCCAAAUGCAUGAUUAUGGGGGCAUCAGCAUCAUCUGUGUGGUAUAAUCUACAAGUUCCUCAUCCAACUAAAGAAGUGCCCAUCUUGGACUAUGACUUGGCUCUUUUGUUCCAGCCCAUGCUAAUGCUUGGCAUCACUGUUGGAGUUGCCCUGAGUGUUGUCUUCCCUUACUGGCUAAUCACUGUUCUCAUCAUCAUACUCUUUAUGGGAACUUCUUCAAGAUCUUUCUACAGGGGAAUUGAAAUGUGGAAGGAGGAAACAUACUUGAAGUCAGAAAUAGCUGAUAGAAAGGAGUCACUAGUCAAUUCUCGUGGCGAACUUCUGAUUGAUACCACUUUCGAGCCUUUGAUUCCCAAAGAAGAGAAAUCGAAAUGGGCUGUAUUCUGCUUGAACCUGAAUUGGAAGAGGCUGCUGGUUCUGUUUGUAGUCUGGUUCUGUUUCCUUAUGCUCCAAGUCGUCAAGAAUGAUGUCACAGUUUGUGGCACUACAUACUGGGUGAUCUUUUGCCUGCAGUUCCCCGUGGCUCUUGGAGUGUUUGGUUAUGAAGCAGUGAAAUUAUACAAAGAAUACAAGAAGAGGUUGAGCGUGGGGAACACAGAAUGUAUCUGUGAGGCUUCAAUUGCAUGGACCCCAUUGAAUAUUGCAUUCUGUGCACUUUGUGGAAUUCUUGGCGGCACUGUUGGUGGAUUGUUGGGAUCUGGUGGUGGAUUCAUCCUAGGCCCCUUGUUGCUGGAGAUUGGUGUCAUCCCUCAGGUUGCUAGUGCAACAGCAACAUUUGUGAUGAUGUUCUCAUCAUCCUUGUCUGUGGUGGAGUUCUACCUUCUCAACAGGUUCCCCAUGCCUUAUGCCUUGUACCUCAUGGGAGUAUCUAUCUUGGCUGGCUUCUGGGGCCAAUACUUUGUGAGAAAGAUCGUUGCAUUCCUUGGAAGGGGUUCAAUCAUUGUAUUCAUUCUGUCUGGUGUCAUCUUUGCUAGUGCUCUCACAAUGGGGGUUAUUGGCAUUGAGAAGAGCAUAACUAUGAUACACAACCAUGAGUUCAUGGGAUUUCUGGGUUUCUGCAGCAGCCAAUGAUCGUUGGCAUAUAUACCCUGUAGCAAAAUCCAAACCCAGAAUGUUUGCGGAUGGAAAAGAAGAAGAAAGGAAGCCAUCACUCAGGAUGUGUUAGUUUGAGAAUUGUUAUGAAAUUGGCUGGUCAACAUCUAGUUUACCAGCUCCUCCUGUGCAGCUAGCUUGCGUUGGAUAUCUCUUAUUUAUGAGUGUCAGUUCCUGGCUGACACCUUUGGACAAGUUCCUCCUCAUUGCUUGAAAUAUUUGAAAUAAUAAACUGUCAAUUCUCGAUGUCCUUAAUUCUCUUUUAUUUAUUUGCAAAUGCAGAUUCCACCUUUGGACACUUCCUACCAUAAUAUUAUUAGUUUAAAUUAGUCUACUAUGCUGCAAAUGUUGAUUAAUCAAAGCUAUUAGAUCAUGAUUGGUGAGUUUUUGGAUCUGAAUCUGACAUCUGAGUUCUCAUAUAAAAUGAUUAUCCUGAACAAUUAUUCAUUAUUAAGAACAUGUAGAAAGAAACAAACAAGUUAUAGAGAACAAUUGCUCUGGUUUAAGAUUAAAGAAAAACUGCCACAUGAGCCCAACUAGGCACAUCUGAGUCAGCAGUGCUCAAUAUAUAAAUGCCUCUUCAGCAAGUUCAUCAUCUUGCUGAGUUUGAGUGUAACUCUUCUUACCUCAUGAUGUUUACUUGAUUGACACUUUUUGAUGUUGCCAGGAUUAUUAAGAUAAAUCAAACACUAAACUAAGCAUUGGUUCCAAAAUAUCAAUGGGCAUAUUCUGAUACGUUCCUAGUGAAAGAUAUGGAUCAUCACCAAAUCAAAGUGUAUUAACUUGGUUUUUUCCGGCCUCUCGAUUCUAUCAGUCUACUCUUUGUUUUAUGAGGAUCUAACGGAAUCGAUAUCCAUAAAAAUCUUGAAUUUGAGAAAGAAACUAAGGAAUCGAUUAUAGGUAGAGAUGAUUGAAUUCGAGAUUGACAAGAAGAUAUUUGGGGUUUCGGGAAGAGCAAAAUAGAAAUUGGGGAUUGGAGAGAGAUAUUGGGAUAAUGUUGUGAUAGAAACCUGGUUAUCAGGUUCUACCGAAUUUACUAGGGAUUGGAAGAAAUGAGGUCAAUAACCGAGGUAGUGACUGCUUUUGGUAGAGUAAAAGGAGAAGAAGAGUCGAAAAAUGGAGAGAAGAGAGGAAGAAGACUGCGGAGGCAGCAAAGAAGAAGAGAGGGAUCAGCUAGAGUGAGGAAAGAGAGAGAGGAGAUUAGGAAACGUAAUUAGGUUUAUAUAAUAAACCACAAUUUCCUCUAGCUACCCCAACUUAUUAAUCCCUCCCAAUAAUUCCGAAAUACCCUAAACAAAUCCCCCCAACAAUAAUAAUUUAACACAUAAGUU